UUCAGGACGGCAUGCACCAGGACACGGAGUUAAGAUGUUGGGCUACCGGUUCCAAGUGCGAGAAAGGAGGCGAACGGGGGAGUGUCCAUGUUCUAGGCAGGUGAAUGUCUAGGUGAAAGUUUUCAGCGAAGCUACCGCAAAUUCAACAGACGUUAUUGUAAAUUUACGAUAAAUAGUAGGAGUUAUACGCACAUGGAAUGAAAGUAUCAAUCCUUAGGUAAGCGCUGUUGUAUGUAUUAAUGUUGAUUAUUCUGUGUUAAUAGAAGAGUAAAGGGGGAACUUGACGUACAGAAACACAGCUUGUUCCUACAUGGCCAUUUUUGUAAGGCCAAUGUUACAUGUUUCCUUUUACGUCCGCAAUGAAACUAUACAUACGGUGCAUUCGGGCGGGAAGGCUCACAUUCAGUUAUUACUUCACAGUGAAGACAGCUGAAGAUAAUCACCAUGUCUGCACCCGCUCCGGUAGCUCCUAAGAAGAAGGUGGCAAGGAGGCCCAAGAAGCCCGCGGCCCACCCGCCAGUGGCCAAGAUGGUCGUCGCCGCCAUCGCCGCCCUGAAGGACCGCAAGGGAUCCUCCCUGCAGGCCAUCAAGAAGUACAUCGCCGCCAACUACAAGUUCGACGUGACCAAGCAGGGCCAUGUCAUCAGGCGUGUCGUCAGGAACAUGCUGGCCAAGGGUCUGCUCACCCAGGCUAAGGGCAAGGGCGCCGCCGGCUCCUUCAGGCUCGGCGCUGCCGCAAAGAAGGCCCCAAAGAAGCGCAAGGCCAAGAAGCCCAAGAAGAAGGCGAAGAAGCCCAAGAAGGCAAGGAAGCCAAAGGCCAAGAAGGCAAAGAAGCCAAAGGCCAAGAAGGCAAAGAAGGCCAAGAAGCCAGCAGCCAAGAAGGCCGCAAGAAAGCCUGCCAAGAAGACCAAGAGGGUAGCGAAGAAGUAAGACGUGUACAGGUCUACAAAACCGGCCCUUUUCAGGGCCACCACUUCCUCUCAAAAGAGCUAUGUUCGUCUCCACACGUCUGUAAUAUGCGUUUUGCCGUGUACGCUACCGAAUGACUUUGACUUUUUCAGCAAAAGGCUAGUCAUAUCAAGUUUAUAUAGAUGCUUUUUACAGUGGAAUUAUUUCUGGUUUUCAUACUUAAUUAUCAUACAACCCAGGCGUAAUGAACCUGUCACCGGAAUACUGACUUGCUCUUGGCGCCCAUUUUUUGGCGCCGAUUUGUAUCUACCUGAAUCGGCUAUCGAAUAAUAUCCUUGGUGUAGUACGUGUGAUUCAUUUCCUUUUACACGUAGCAUCCGAUAGUGUUCUAUAAUGGUGGUGCUUUAGUUACUUUUUCAAAAAAGAUAGGAGAUUUUUUCGAUAACAACCUUGCUACACCACUCUGAUGGUCAGUUGGUCCAGCGACGUCACCGGCCGUGCACAAAAUAGGCUACGUUCCGGGCCCGUCCCAUGUUUAUAACACUAUUCAAAAUGCCAUAGUUACAUGGCAAGCAAAUACAACCCAAAUUCAUGAUUGACUACAGAGACUGGGCACACUUCGGCACAGCGUAGGAAGAACAGGUGGUAGUAAGGGGAGUAGUCGGGCGAAAAAUUGGCGCAAUUUUUUUUAUGGAGGGCGGGGUCGCUGGCGGACCCCAGGCUCGAGAUCGUGACAAUUUGAUUCUUCAAAAUACAAUGUGGUGGUGCGAAUAAACGCUUCCAAACGUCAUUACCAUUUUCUUCUUAAACCAUAAUCUUGUCGCAGUCUCAUUAAAUUAAAGCACUACAACAAACGCCCACUACUUGCCCGCCACUUACAACGUUAGCAGUCGCCUCUGUGUACACAACAAGGAAACUAGAUACGCACGCCCGGCUUGUGCCCAGCAACGCCCACUGAAUGGGGUGGUCGUUAGU